GGUGGCGUCCCCGCAGCGGCGGCGGUAACUGGGACCGAGAUCCCGGGGGAGCCCGGCGCGGGAAGCUAGGCCCGAGGUACGCCCCCGUUGAGCUUUGCCUUCUCUCCCACAAAGGACUCUCAAGGAGGCAGCGAUGAUGUCGGGGCUCCUUUCAGCCAUGCCUCAGGCAUCACUAACAUUCAAGGAUGUGGCCGUGGACUUCUCCCGGGAGGAGUGGAGACGCUUGAGCCCCUCUCAGAGGGACCUGUAUAGGGAUGUGAUGCUAGAGAACUAUGAGAACCUGGUCUUCUUGGGAGUUGCAGUUUCUAAACCAGAGUUGAUCUGCCGCCUUGAGAGGGGAGAAACCCCCUGGCUGCCCCGGCGAGGAACCUCAAGGGCCACUUGUCCAGGUUCUCAUAGUCAGGAGACUAGCUGUGAAAGCAACAACUUGACCUCAAAGCAGGACAUUGUAACAAGAGCACCUUCUAAGGAAACACUGGCAAAGAAUUGGUAUUCUAAGGAGGGAGAAAUGUGGGAGUGUGAUGUCAGGUUAGGGAGACAGAGGUGCAGCCUGGAGAGACAAUCCAAACAAGUAAUGGGCACUAAUGGAAAGCCAUUUAACAAGGUGAGUGUGCCUGAAGGUAAUAUAUUUGGAAGAAGUUUGAAUCUGGGGUCCAUCAUUGUUACUCAACAGAGAACUCCUACAGAAAAAAGUCUCCAAAAUCACACAGUCGCAAAGACCAUGAAACAGUUUUCAGAACUAUUUAAAUGUAAUAAAAUCCCCCUUGGGAAAAUGCUUUUUAGAUAUAAUAAAUGUGGAAAGUCCUUCAGUUAUCACUCUGAUCUCAUUCAGUUUCAUAGACAGUAUACUGGAGAAAAGCUGUAUGAACGUAAUGAACAUGGGAAAGCCUUCAGCAAAAGACCAUACCGUACUCAGCGUAAGAAAAUUCGUAAUAGAGAGAAACGUUAUAUAUGUAACGAAUGUGGAAAAGCCUUUAGUCAGUGGGGAAGCCUUAUUGAUCAUCUGAGAAUUCAUACUGGAGAGAAACCUUUUCAGUGUAAUGAAUGUAAGAAAACCUUCAGCCAGAGGGGAACCCUUAUCAGGCAUCAUAGAAUUCAUACUGGAGAGAAGCCCUUUGAAUGUAAUGAAUGUGGGAAAGCCUUUGGCAACAAUUCCUGUCUUACGCUGCAUCAGAGAAUUCAUACUGGAGAGAAGCCUUAUAUAUGCAAUGAAUGUGGGAAAGCCUUUAGUGGGCGGCAAAACAUGAUUCAUCAUCAGAGAAUUCAUACAGGAAAGAAACCAUAUCAGUGUAAAGAAUGUGGGAAAGCCUUUCGACACAGAGCAUCCUUUGUUUGUCAUCAGAGAAUGCAUACUGGAGAAAAACCUUUUCAUUGUAAUGAAUGUGGGAAAGCAUUUAGACGGAAAGAAAACCUUACUGCACAUAGGAGAAUUCAUACUGGAGAAAAACCUUUUGAAUGUAACGAGUGUGGGAAAACUUUCAGCAACAAUUCUUGCCUUACUUUACAUCAAAGAAUUCAUACUGGAGAGAAACCCUAUAAAUGUAAUGAUUGUGGAAAAGACUUUAGGCACAGGGCAUCCUUUACUUAUCAUCAAAGGGUUCAUUCUGGAAAUAAACCGUAUAACUGUAAGGAAUGUGGCAAAGCUUUCAGUCAGAGAGCUAAUCUUAUCGAACAUAUGAGAAUUCAUACUGGAGAGAAACCUUUUGAAUGUUAUCAGUGUGGAAAAGCCUUUAUCAAUAAUGCACGACUUACAGUACACCAGAGAUUUCAUACUGGAGUGAAACCUCAUGCAUGUAAUGAAUGUGGUAAAGCUUUCAUGCAUAAGGCAAGCCUCACUGCACAUCGGAGAAUUCAUACUGGAGAGAAACCCUAUAAAUGCAGUGAAUGUGGGAGAGCCUUCAACCAGAGUGCACAUCUUAUGAGGCAUCACAGAAUUCAUACUGGAGAGAAACCCCGUAAGCCUAAUGAAGGUAAGAAGACAGCCAGCCAGUUGGGAAUCCUUACUACAAAUGAGUCAGUAAAUGCUAGAGAGAAUCUUUAUCAUUGUGAUGAAUGUGGAAAAGGUUUUAGACAGAAAUCGUACCUUUCUCUCCAUCAGAGAAUUCAUACUGGAGAAAAACCUUAUCAUUGCAAUGAAUGCGGAAAAGCCUUCAUUGGGAGGGGACAGCUCAACACACAUAAAAGAAUUCACACUGGAGAGAAACCCUUUGAGUGCAGUGACUGUGGGAAGGCCUUCAGCCGAAAGGAACACCUUACUGCCCAUGAGAGAACUCACACUGGAGAGAAACCGUAUCAGUGUAAAGAAUGUGGAAAGACAUUUAGCCAGAACUCACACCUUACAGUACAUCAGAAAACUCACACUGGAGAGAAACCAUUUUUGUGUAAUGAUUGUGGAAAAGGCUUCAGCUACAGGACCUCUCUUAUUUCACAUCAGAGAAUUCAUACUGGAGAGAAGCCCUUUGAGUGUAGUGUAUGUGGAAAAAACUUUAGUCAUAGACCAUCACUCAUUAAACAUCAAAUAAUUCAUACUGGAGAGAAACCUUUUGAAUGUCUUAAAUGUGGGAAAAGCUUUACCCACAGAUCAUCAUUUAUUAAACAUCAAAGAAUUCAUAAUGGAGAGAAACCCUACUAGUGAAAUGAAAAAAGAAAAGCCUUUAACCAGAGAGGAAAACUUAGAAGCGAUUAAUGCUGAAGAAUAAGCCUUUUAUUAUUGAAUGUGAAAGCUUUUAUCCUGGUUCUUGUUUAACUUGUUUUCAGAGACCUCAUAGUUUGAGGCAGCCUGAUGUGAGGACUGGAUUUGGAGUCAAGAAAUCUUCAAUUCAAAUCCUCUCUCGAUACUUUCUAGCCGUGUGACCCUGAGCAGAUCAAAAUCUCUUAAGGCCUACUUUUCAAAUCUGUAAAAUGGAGAUGAUCUCACCUACCUCACUAGAUUGUUGUGAGGAUAAAUGAGAUAAUGUACUUAGAGCACUUUGCAGUCCUUAAAUAAGCACUAUAUAACUGUGAACUGAGAAACUACAGAACAGCCCAGACUGUGGGAAAGCCUUUUCUAAGGUAUAUCCUCCUGUACAUCAGAUAAUGUGUGCUGGUGAAAAAAAUUCCCUAAGUUUACCAAUUGAGGUAAAGUCUUUUUUUAAUUAAAGUUUUAUUUUUUUAAUUAAUAGAAAUCUGUUUUCUUUCCCUCUCAUCCCCCCCACUUCAUCAGGGG